AUGAAAUAUUUCUUGUUAAUAGCUCUUUUCCUUAUAGUAUUAUCAAGAGAAUAAAUUGAAGAAGUCGAUGGUGUUUUACAACUCACUAAAAAAAAUUUCUAAUAAGCUGUUAACGAAAAUCCAAGAUUAUUAGUAAAAUUUUAUAUUAACUCAUGUGGAUAUUGGUAUUUAUGUAUAUUUAAUCUAUAAAGCAAAAAAAUGAAACCAGUUUUCAUUUAAUUAGCAGAAAUGUUAAAAGAUUAUGGAUUUGUUUUGGGAGAAGUCAAUGCUGAAGAAUAAAAAACUUUUACUGCAAAAAAUAAUGUUAAAGCAUAUCCAACACUCAAACUUUAUAGAAAUGGUGUUGUAUAAGACUUUCCUAAUUAAUCAGAUUCUGUUGAAUUAUUGUUUGAGUUUGCUUUAUAAAAUGCUUAUGAUCAUAUUACUACAUUAAAUACUUAAGAAGAAGUAUAUAAAUAUAUUAUUUAAUCAAUUUUAGAUUGAUCUAUUCUUAAAAAGAUCCAAUUUUGCAGUACUCAAAUAUGUGAAUAAUGAUGAUGAUUUAUAAACAAUAGUUGAUAAGAAUUCUGGAAUUAAGUUUGGUAUUGUUGCUAAUCCAGAACUUUAAUAAGCUCAUACAUCAAAAUAUACAUUAUAUUAUAAGGAAUUACCAACACCACUUAAUUAUGAUGGUGAAAUAGAUGGAUUAUUAGAAUGGAUCUCUGUUAAUGGAUUUCCUAAACUGUUCUCAUUUACAGAGGAAGAAUUUCUAAAAGCAGAAAAAGAUAAAAUUCCUUUAGUUGGUGUAGUUGGUGUAAAAGAUAGCUAAUUAUAUGAAACAUAUAAGACUUUAGCAGAAUAGUAUGAAAAUAAAAUUAGAUUUAUUCUCAUUGAUCCAAAUUAAAUUUUAUCAAAUAAAAGAUUCUAAUAUUUAAUUAAAAAGAAAAUAGUUGCUAAAAAUGUUAUUUAUUUUUACAAUUUUGAGUAAUUUAAUUACUAAUAAUAAUAGAACUAAAAAAACAAUUACUGUUGAAUUUACAGAUGAAUCAUUUGAAACACAUCAAUAAUUAGUUGAAUCUUUAUAUGAUUAAUCAAUUAAUGGUAAAGAAUCUGAAAAUGCUGAAUCUGACAAAUAUUAUAAAGGAGAUGGUGAAGUUCAUGUUUUAACAACAUCUAAUUUUAAAGAAUAGGUUUAUGAUAAUCCUAAUCAUGUAUUUGUUAAAUUUUAUGCACCAUGGUGUGGUCAUUGCAAAAAUUUAGCACCUAUUUAUGAAGAAUUAGCUUAAGAAUUGGGUAGAAAAGAUAUUGCGAUUGCUGAAGUUGAUUUUACAGUUGAUAGAAUUGAAGGCAUUGAAGUAUAAGGAUAUCCAACAUUAAUAUUUUUCAAGUCUGAAGAAGGUUAAAAGAAGAAAAUAAUUUUUGAUGGAAUAAGAAGUGUUGAAGGAAUGAAAGAUUUCUUAUUGAGAUAAUUAGAAAAUAAUACUGAACCAUAAAUUUAAUUAACUGAAGAAUCUUUAAUAGUAAAUGAAUCUAAUAGAGUUGAUAUACAUAAUGAUGGAUAAGUGAUUUAAUUAACAGCUCAAAAUUUUGAAUCAAUAGUUUUAUAAAGUAAAUAAGAUGUUUUUGUUAAAUUUUAUGCUCCUUGGUGUGGACAUUGUAAAGCUAUGUCAGCAGAAUAUGUGAAAUUAGCAGAAGAAUAUAAAGAUAGUAAAAAUGUGUUAAUUGCUGAAUUGGAUGCUACAGUUCAUAAAAUACCAAUUGUUUAAAUUGAAGGAUUCCCUACUUUGAUUCUUUUUGAGAAGGGAGAAACUAAAGUUAAAUAACUCUAAUUUAGUGGUUAAAGAACUGCAUAAAUAAUUAAAGAGUUUAUUGAAGAAAAUGGAAGUUUUGCUAAGAAAAAAGAUUUGUGAAGU